AUGUUGCGCCGCUUUUUGCGGGCGGCUGCUCGCGCCGCGCUCAGCGCCUCAGCGCCUCCACGGCACCGUCCGGCACCGCGCUAUGCGUGCACCGCGCCGCCGGACAGCGUGGGGCGGCUGCAGGCAUCGCACUACCGCCUGGUGUACACCUGCAAGGUUUGUCGGCGCCGCUCGGCGCAGAACAUUUCCCGCCUGGCCUACAGCCGCGGCGUCGUCAUCGUCACGUGUCCCGGAUGCCACAGCCAUCACGUGAUCGCCGACAACCUGGGCUGGUUCUCCGACCUGCAGGGCAAGAGGAAUAUCGAGGAGAUCCUGGCAGCCAAAGGGGAGAAGGUGAGACGUGUGCUUGCUGAGGAAGCCCUGGAGCUGCUUCCAGAAGACGUGGCAGAUGCUGGCCCUCAGAGCCGUCCUACAGAGGGAGAAAGUGGGGACCCCCUCCCAGAGACUGAUGGCAAGGAACGGACGUGACAAGUGGGAUUGGUGCCAUUCUGCUGAUGGCAAGAGAGACUUUCAUGUUUCCUCCUUGAUUUCAGUGGACUGUGCUUAGAAUAAAUGUGUCUCCUCUUUCUGUCGUGUUUUUGGUUGGUGUAGUUUUGCCUUUGCCCAAGCUAAUAAUGACAGAGUUGGGCUCUGGACAUUUUUCCUGUCACUUUUGCUGUUCUUAAAGCAGUUGUAGGUGCUUCAGAGGUGUUGGGAAGCUUGCUUUGUUCUCAGGUGAGAAUGGAGCAAAUAAUUUCUGACCGUGUGCUUUGGCUCAAGCAGGUGUAGCACUAACUGGAGGUUCUAGCAGUGUCCUCUGGCCUUGUCCAGGUGUUGCACAGCAGCAGCUGAUUGCAGUGCUCCUGGAGCUGCAUCACAUGGCAGCUGAGCAGAAGAGGCAAUUGGGACCACCUGAGGACAUGGCCCUGACCACAGGGGAGGUGUAUCUUUCUGGAAGAAGGGAAAAAGCCUGCUGGAGCUGCGGUGUGAUGGGGACCAGUGGUGCCCAAGCCUGGAGCAGCAGAGCAGGCAGCUGGGGAGAUUGCUGUGGAGAGCCUCUGGAAGCUGUCUGGCUCCAGACUGGAAUUCACAGUGCUGGGCUGCUAAGAGCCAGCAGAUCCCUCCCCGUGGGCUGCGUGCCCUUCCAGCCUGCUGGAGAUCAUGGCUGGGACAGGAGCAGCACGAGGCUCAGGAGAGGGUUGAGGAGAACACGUAGUCCCUUCUACAGCCGCUCAGGACAGUGAGACAGCAGGUACAAGCUAGGUAGGUAUAUACGUGGCUGUGCACAUUCUCCUGCCUGAUCUCAGCUGUCUGACCUGUCCCAGGAAGGAGGCAGAGGCUCAGCCCAGCACUCUGGGCAGCAG